AUGGAGAAAGUUAAAGUAGAAAUAGGUAAUGAUAGUGAAGAAACUGAUGAUUAUACAGUUGGUUCUUUUGGAAUUUUACCUACGAAGGUUAUCACUGUCAAAUCAAUAUUAGAGCAGACAAAUAAUCAUGGUAUCACUGCAAAUGUAUCUAAUGCGCAGGCAAACAUCGAUUCCCGUGAACAAAUCAUUAAAUCACUCCCUAAGCAGACGACUGUCAUACCACCCAAAGUUACGUAUUCCAAGUCCAAUAUAAAAGGCGAUGAAACUUCAAACAUCAAUGUGAACUUAUUUGAUAAGCACACAAAUGUUACUAUGGGUGAUGAGGGUUCAAAAACUGCAAUGUAUACUUCUACUGGUCUACCACCAGCACCUACUUCACCACCACAAAUAUCUACCAUUCUACCAACAACUACUGCAACUGUUUCUCCUACUUUUGAGAAAGUGAUGCAAGUUCCCAUUACAACCUUAUUCUCAUCUCAAUCUAUAGAUACUGAUAAGAUUAUUCAUGAAGAAGAAGCAAAUGAUGAUGAUCUGAUGGUUAGUUUUGCAGAUUUGGAAUUCAAUCCUAAUGAAGAUGAUGUCCCAAAUGAAGCAAUUAUGUUUGGUAAAUAG